GAGUUUGUGGAGGUAGUGAAAGAUUUGUAGAGACGGAAGCAUGCGUCGCCCCGCUGCUCGCCAAGUCUUCAGUCCGUAGCGUUGAUGUAGUCACUGUGUGUUUGACUGUCUAGGCUUACUGUGCAUUUCGUCACUUGAAGCGGCGUAGAUUUUAAUAGCUUACCGUCAACGCACUUUUGAAUUUAUCAUUAUUAUUAAGGAUUCUUUCCAGUGCGAACAUUCCCUCUAUGUCUCUGUGACGUACCGAACGCGUCUCUCGGUACUAAGUGACUAUGGUAUGUAUAGUGUAUGUACUUAUCUCCCCGUGCUAUCUAGCGUUCUUCCCUCGUUUACCUUCUGAAGUGUUUCUGACUCCCCGUGGUCUUGGUUUUGUGCCCUCUGGGGCUCUAGUGCUCCCUCUCCUGGUGUCUUGGGCGGCGCGGUGGGCGUCAGCCUCCGUGACCGCGUGUAUUGUGGAGUCGUGCGGCGCUGCGGUUUUGUCUGGCGCAGUUUUUCUUGUCUUGCAGUUAAGUGAGUCGUUUUGAUGUUGAAAACGUCUGGCAAUCAAAAUAUAUCCGUUGACACUGUUACUAGCCGGUUAUAGGUGUAAAUAUAUGUUAUGUUGAGGCAUUGCAUAGAUAUAUGAAUAUGACGAAAGGGUUGCCAAGUUACCAGAAGUACAUUUUUUUCUGCUAAUACGUAUUUGUGGGCGACAUUUACAUCCAAGUUUGUUGACCCGAAGGAACGCUUUCCAUAGAUGUGUCGCGUGCGUGUGCUUAUGUAUGUCUACUGUACUGUAGGAAGUAUUAGCGAUGUAAAGUCUUAGGAUUCUGAUCACUUGGCUCUCCUCUCUAGGAUUACAUUAUAUGCCUAUAGUAUAAUACUCGUAUUCUGACUUCAACUGAGUGGACAAACCCCAUCCAUGAAAUAAAUAUGCAGUGUUUGGUGUAGUGAAGAGCCAGGAUGUCGUAGUCUCCCCUGUAGUAGAGAACGGUUCUCUGUGGUGCAGCCCGGGGCGGGGGUGGCGCCCCACGCUCCCUCCGCCCUGCUCACAGACAUCGAAUAGUUAGUUUGUUGACCUUAAGUGAUAUUUCCGGUGGAGGUGAUCCGCCACGUACAACAUGUAGCUGUAGCUCCCUUGUGGUAGUGGCGAUGGUUGUUGUCCUCGCCCUUGUCGCUCGCUGUGUAGGUAGACUCGAUGUUUAAAUGGAUAAAAUAUAAAAAGGGAUAUUUUGUCACAGCAAAUACAAAUGAAUAUUUUGAAUAAUGACAAUAUGGUUUUGUACAGUUUGCUGAUUUAUUCUAUUAGGUCAUAGAGUGCAGUGUGUGUGUGUGUGUGUGUGUGUGUGUGUGUGUGUGUGUGUGUGUGUGUGUGUGUGUGUGUGUGUGUGUCGUGGCGUCCUGUGUAAAUGUCUGUUAUCAGUGUCACUAGAGUCCCGUCGUAGUGGUUUAUCUGUCUUAAGGAUUCUCAAAAUAUUAUAGUAGACAUGUAACUCCUAUUAUGUAUGCGGGGAAACGUGUGUGUGUGUGUGUGUGUGUGUGUGUGUGUGUGUGUUAGGGAGGGAGUGGUGUGGGGCAGGGGCGGGGCAGUGCAGGUCGCCGCCUCCCCCGUGGCCGCGCUUUCCCAGACAAAAGCACGUAUCACUCGUCGUCUUCCGCAGUAAGUGUUGUGGCGUGAACUAUCGUUUUAACACUAAGGGCCUUGACGUCCCUCUCAACCACAGCCAUGUUGAGUGGGACGCCCCGAACCUCGCCGCCUCUGGUUCGUUACCUGCCCUGUGCCUCAUCCCGUAAUCCUUGUGACUCCCGCCCCUAUUCCCUGUUCUGGCGGAGGCGGCGGCGGCGGCGAGGAGGGGAGAGGAGAUGCGUGGUGGGCAGUAUCAGGGUUGCCUCACUGCGCGCUCCGCUAGUCAUAGUGCGCGUGAUGUCAUUAAAGGCCAGCCACCCGGAGCAUUGUCAUCUUCAGCCAUACAUGGCGACGCCCCCCGGUGGUCUGUGUCCAUUGCGUCACGCUUGUGUAGCGUAAUUUCCUUUGAUUAUAGUUUGUUUUUGGAGAGUAGUUACCUUAGCGGUGUUGUCCCUCACGCGUCAUGUGUAGGACUCAACUGUUUUUGCCGCACUGAAACACUGACGAAGAAACAGGUCAAAAUGAAACUCUGGAUCCCAGGUUUUCAUAAUUUUAUACUUACGGUUAUUUAGUAGUAUGUUUCAAUAUGUAGUGUUGUACUCUAUAUACAAUUGUCAAAUUCGUGGUCGUAGUCCUUCCUUGGGCCAACGUGAGUCAACAACUGUUUAGGAAGGUAAUAGUUGAGUGUCAGUUUUAAAAACAAAUCCGAUAAUAUGUACCAGACUCGGUCAUAUUCGUGUACAACAGUAGCUUGUGUAGGGCCUGCUCCAGGCGACCUGCGGGUGAGGAUGGGAGGCGGGGCGUUGCGGAGGGCAGCUGUCUCGGGUGUGGGGCCGACCCCUCGAGCCUCGCGCGACGGCCCGUGUCCCCUCACUCAAAUAUACACCACUGAAAUGUUUAUCGAGUUUCUUUUACACUCUUGGUCUCCUUCAUGACAACACACCUUUGCCAGUUGAAAAUUCCAGUUUCGUUAAAUUCAGUAUAUUCAGAGAGAUCAUGGCGUCCACUUAUGAAGUGAUCACAUUCAAGUUUUGGUACACAGAUAUACCUUUCUUUUGCUCGUUGAGGACAUGUUAUUUAAUCUUUAAACAACAAUGGUUUGGGAGCAGCGCGUUGUACUUGAGGCAGGUUGCUUCAUGGCCUGUGCUUCGUGAGCGUUUAUCGGGUGGUCUUUUUUAUAUAUUUUUUUUUUAUAUCUUUUCGGUGUAAGACGAUGAGGGAAGAGGAGGACGAGAGAAGAGUCUGUGACGUCACUAGUGACACUUGCUAGGGAAAGUGCAAGGAUUCCUGUAGGUCAUUCAGUCCAGCAGAUGCGCCGAUGUCAUGAAGGUGCGAUACACUUAAUUAAAUGAUUUUGCAAUGAUAUAGCAUGCGGAUGAUAUGGAAAAUACUUACCUAAAGAAUUCUACUAAUAAUCUCUCUCUCUCUCUCUCUCUCUCUCUCUCUCUCUCUCUCUCUCUCUCUCUCUCUCUCUCUCUCUCUAAGUUUUCAGCCAGUAAAAGACCCCGCAGUGUAAUCAACUAUCAUGACAUCAGCAACGGUCAGCGAAUGGGGAAGCAGCGCCUGGUUUGCGUCAUCCUCACCGACCACUGCUGCUGUUGACUGGGCCGGCCACGAGGCUCACACUCAGUGCAGAGCUAAUCCAGCCCCAGAGCCGAGCACAGCGGCGCGCCAGGACAAUGCAUACAUUUGUCCCUGUGAGGCAACAUCAAGGGCCAACACUACUACAGCUUUAGUGUCAACCGGCAUUUAAGAGCCACAGCACAGCGAGGGAGAGGUUUGAGAUGAGGUGAGGCUUCUAACGAGGGAAAGUGAGACCACACAGCCGUUGAUCUCAUUGCUGAUGAUUGAAAGAAUGUCAGUGUCAAUCUGGUCCUUGCCAAGGCAUACUCACUUCAGUUGUGAUGCAAAUCAUCAUCACUCUUUCCGGCCGCCACUGGUUCAUUCGUGACCUGAACAUGGAGUUCUACUUCCGAAUUUCCUGCUAGUGUUAUAUACGUCUCAAACUCAAAAGUCACUCAAAUUCCUGGACACUGAAGAAACUAGUGAAUAUUAGUGCCACACAUCUACUAUAGUAAAGUACAAAAUUCUGGAACAAAUAGCUUACCUUACGUGCAAAUGUGUGGAAAUUCAGUGAUGGUGACCGUCAGGAGUGCUGCUAUAUUGGCGAUUUUGCUGACGUCAGCCGCCGGUGUUCAGAGCAGUGCGCAAGACAUCAAGCUAUCCACUACCUCAGCUGAUGUGCGUAGGCUGCUUGGAAGAAAGCGCGAAGCAAGGGUCCUGGAACAAAAAAUAGUUAUAACUGAUCCAACGCCAUUGGUGCUAUCUCAAGUGGUAAAUGAAAUUGGAGGUGGACCAGCCGGCCACUGUCAAGUUCUUCUUUAUUAUGAUCCGCGAACGGCACCGCCCGAUAAAGUGGCCAGCCUUAAGGCGGCUUUGGAAGUGCCACUGAUUCUUGUUGAUGUGUCCCGCCUCGCCUUCCCGCUCCUCACAAAGAGGCGGCGACGAGUCCCACUGAUGGACUUGCUGUCACGUAGGACGGACAAUCGUUGCCGCAUCCUCAUGGGCUGGGCUUCCCCAAUCUACCAGCGGGGACUCCUGUUAAUGGCGCAUUUCGAACCUGGAGUUAUAAGGCCUCAAGACACCAUGGUGCUUCUUGUUAGUGAUCGGCGCCUCGACUACUUCAUGCCCAGACUGCGUCGCCGAGUGUUGAUCAGGAAGACACCACCGAAAAGAAGAGGGCGAGGACGGCGCGAUAUCGGGUUUCCAGAAUUUCAAGUGGAAAAAGUGUGCGAAGUGUGUCCUCGAUACUCGCUACAUCAGCUUGGGGACUGGCAGUAUUCUGCAGGCUGGUCUUGGUCUGGGGCACAGUCGCUGCGCCGUAGUGGUCUGUUGGGAAUGACGUUCACUGUGUCCUACACGCCAUCGGUGCCCAACAUCUUUCCAGUAACGGAAGGUGACGAGCAACGUCUUGAGGGCGUCGAGCUACGGCUGCUACAGUAUGCAGCUUCCGCACUUAACUUCAGCUACCGACUCAUAAUGCCAGAGGACGGCGAGUGGGGCCGUCCUGUCAACGGUUCCUGGACGGGAAAGGUGGGACAAGUCCUGAAGAAACGAGCAGACCUAGCGGUGGGCGGCCUGGUUUACACGAAGGAACGGGCGGAGGUAGUGCAGUACUCUGACCUGUUUCACAAUGAAUUGUGGGGUGUAGUGUGUCCUCUGCCAGUCCGCCUCCCUGUGUGGCCCUACAUCAUGUUUCCUUUCAGGACGGAAGUGGCUCCCUCGGUAUUCAGCCUAAUGGUGGUGCUCCAUGUCAUGGCCUUCCUACUGAGCACCCUCUUAGGGAAACACGAGCGACCCGAUCCUCCGAAUCCCCUGGCAGAGUCCUUCACUAGAGUGACUCGCUCCGGCGUGUCUCUCUAUUUGAGAUUCAUGGCUUGCCUUUAUUUCUGGAAUAUCUUCUUCUGCCUCAUGAAGCCUACAUACGAGCCGCCCGUGAACACCGCCUCCGCCUUGCUGCUCUCCGGGAAGAGUUGGGGCGUGGUCACCGGCACUACCGUUACCACAGUGUUGUCAGAAUCAAAAAACUCCGUUCAUCAGGACCUGGUCAUCGGAUCUAUUCCUCUUUCCUCCAUAAGGGAAGGUUUUCAACGCCUGCGAGAGGAAGGCAUAUGCCUGGUGGGUGUGCCCAAGCGGUACGCUCGUGCCACAAUUGCCACACGACACACCACGCAGUGCGGGGAGGCGGGACUUCAGAUAAGUACAGAAGACCUAAACUCUGUUUUAGGGGGUUGGGUGGUGUCUCGCGGCUCGCCUCUUACUCCGUAUUUAGACAAAAUAAUUCACCGGCUGAAGCACUAUGGCCUCCUGGAGCUGUGGCGAAAGGAACUCCACACAUUGCUGCUCACACGUGGCCCUCGCGAGCUGCCCUGCCUCAACCCCCCUCUCUCUGGUCUCUCCCUCUCCGACCUCCGUCUUGCCUUCUUCAUGCUGCUGGGUGGAUGGGGCUUCGCCAUCUUUGUUUUCCUUUGUGAAGUGGUCGUUGUGAGGAUGGCUCGAGACCAACACUGGAACCGUCAAGCGGCGCGACAAAACACCGCCAUCAUUACUCUUGAUCGGCCUCCCGCUAACCCGCCCUCGUCCCCGACAAGUAACGUCAGGAGACUCAUUGCCACCUUCAUGAAUGCUGUUCCUUCAAUAAAUAUUAGUUCUACGGAUGCAGAUUUCCGAAGGCAACUUAACGCUGUCUUGAGAGAAAUGUACGCUGUGAGAACAGCCUGAAGAGAGACCCCAGGGGAGAAGGCUGCCUGGCCCUCACCCCUGGGGCACCAGAACGAUCUCUACGGUCCCACAGAACUUUCUACACUUCGCCAGCGGCGCAUAGGGUGCGAAGGAGAGAAUACUGCAGACACUGUGCAGGAGGCAGAAGAUCUUUACCGAGACGGACCAUCAGAGGGAACAAGUAAGGGAUUCACGGUUGUCACGCCUCGCUACCCUUCACGCCCAGGCAACACCACCACCAUCAAGCCGGUCUUCCCCAGAGAAGUGCCUGUCUGUAAGAUCUUGAAGACUCCCGACACAUCUCCCAAAAUACCCAGAAUCUCGUUGCCUGAAAGACCCUCAACUCCUGAGAUGCUUGGCCUUUCUCCCGCCUCUACCCGCCGCUACCCACAGCUCCCUGCUACUGCCCUCAAGUACGUGGCUGAUAUCACCGAUCUUGACAGCGACUCUGAGCUCGAUCAUGAGUGACUCCCGGGCUAGGAUGGUCACCAAACAGUCAGCAAGAGGGAGUGGUGUCCAGCCCGACAAGUCAGGUCCUCACCAUGCCAGGUCCACUUACUCUCUUGGCGAGAAAAAGCGGCAGCGUGGCCGUGGAAUGUGUCAAGAGGACGGGAACCACCACCAGCUCCCGUUAAAAGCCGAGAAAUUUUAAUGUGCCCUUUUAUCGGAUUCGUCCUUUACGAGAAUCUAGUGAUAUAGAAUAGUAUUUAGUACGUUAUAUAUUGUGUAUAUAUAUCGUUGUCAUGGCAACCUAGUGCCUAUGGUUCUAUUGAUGCUGAUAGCACGUUAGGCCUCAGUGAUCCCUUGAAUAUUGUUGCUGUUACGUGUUACUCCCCGGAGUGUAUAUAUUAUAUAUUGUAUACAUUAUGUUUCAAAUAAUAUAUUAACUUGUUAUAGGAGUUAUAUAUAUACAUAUACUCGCAUAUACAGUAUACAUAUAUCUAUUAAAUUUUAAUAUUAUAAG